CACCGUGGUCCGGACAUUCAUGGCCGUCCGCCUGCGAUGGUCCACAACGGGGACCAUCAGCACACCCACCACGGACCCUCGGAUGCCCUCAAAGCGGUUCUUCUGUAAUUAACGUCAGUUGCAAGCCUCUCCACAUCACAAGAUAAACUCUCUGGAUGACAUUGCGAGCCCAAAAUCUCCUACAUGUCCGUUUGCGUGACAUCGACAAUGGUACACCCGUAAUUGUAUCCAAAUACGUGUGCUAUUUGCCGGCUUUCAGUCGAGUAAGAUUCUUCGAAGCUCGGCUCUCCCUCUCUUCUCAUCUUUUAUGCCUCAGCGACGGCACUGGCGAAUAGAAACGAGGAGAGAAUAAAGAGAGAGGAGAGAGGGGGAGAGAGAGGAACGGGAAACAGGGAAAUGAUGCAGACGUCGUCAUCUCGCCGUGAAACCAGAUCGGAAAACCGCCACGGUCUCAAGAAGAACGUUGGAUGCAUGUCUGGUAUAUUCCAUCUCCUCUCCCGCCACCACCACAACCGCUCACGCAAACGCUUGCCGUCAGCUCGAAAGAAGGAGGAAACCGUUAUAUCAUUGCCGUUACCGGAGAAACGACCACCUACGGUGCCGCAAGCAAAUGAAGGAAAGAAGAGGGAGACGAGCCGUGCCAUCACGCCGGAGAAGGCCGUUGUCGUCCCGGAGCUCCGGCGGCACUCGUGCGAGGUGCCAAGAAGUCCAACAGUGCCGCCGGAGAUCCGGCGGUCGAUAUCCACUGCAUCUCCUGACAGCCCGCGGCGGCCGCCGGCACUGGUUGCGAGGCUGAUGGGACUGGAGGAUGUCCCGGUGAGCUCGCCGGAGUCGGCCGCCGAAAAACGGAGGAAGCUCCUCGGCGCGCUGGAGAAGUGCGACGAAGAUUUAAAGGCGUUGAAGCGGAUCAUCGAGGCCGUCCGAUUUGCAGAGGUGCGGGUAAAGGCAGUGGCAGCCGUUGGAUCGGUGGAACAGAUCACAGUCGGCGCGGUGAAAGGUCUGGCAGGGCUGCAAGAUUUGGACAGCGGAGAUUCCAGGAUAGAGGAGGAGGCGAAAUGCUCCGAGAUUAACGGCGAGCAGCCCAGCCCCGUUUCGGUUCUCGACGCGAUAUCGUCUCCUCGGUAUCGGUCGAAGAGACCCGAUAAUGAAAAACAAUGUGGCUCCACAAUUGCAGCUGUUGGAUCAAAGAUCGUGAAGCCUUUGCGUACGAGCGUCUUCUCUUUAGGAGAUGGUCGACAAUACAAGAAGCUGAGGGUUAGUGACGAGAGCUGUUCCUUCUUCCAUCGAAUUGCUACCGAAGGGCUGCCGCGGUUAUCCGAGUGGAAGGACGGCAAGGUUGUGGAGGAUUCUGGAGUGGCGAGAAGGAGACUGGAGGGUGGCCAGCGGCGGUGGUGGCAGAGGAGAACCCAGGCAAUGGUGGAUAGUGUGGGUGAGGUGUGGGAGGAUGGUGUGUGGGAGGAGAGGUGGGAGCUGGGGAGAGUUGGCGUGGGGUUAGAGGGCUACAUCUUUGGCGAUUUGGUAGAGGAGGUUGUGAUGGACCUGUUGGGUUGUUGUUUUAACCUCUCACUGCCAUUUGGGACAUGUAAGAAGAGGCUUUGCUUCUAGUUAGAUACUUCUAAAAGACCUUGUGAUCAUUGUGGUCUUAGGAUCGGUGACAUUAAAUGUUGGCUAAAGAAGCCCUGUGUAUGGAUGGUUGCUUUACGAAAUAUUAAAAUGAUAACGAGCCGAGUGGUUACGGAGAGCAUUCUGCACAUAUAACCACUAAUUUAGUCGGGGAAUCUUUUUCGAUAUA